UAGUAUGUGAGGUUUAAGGUUAUAUUUAUGUUUUUUUUUGUUCAAGUAAAUAGGAGUUUUGACAGAAUAUAGUUGGUGGAUUCAAAGUCAUGUGUUAUUUGUGUUUAGUGUGUACUAAUUAAACCCGCGCACAUUAAAUAAGACGACUUAUGCACUACUUGUGAGUAACUUUGUCGAGUUUCAACAUAAUCUACAGGUAAUAUACACAUAAUUUAGGCACAUCAUGUCGGAAAGUAGCAGAAAGAAAACCAGUAGCUUUCGCAAAAUAUUCCCAUUUUUCUCUCACAAGUCCAAAGAUAAACUGAAGGAUGUUCAACCUAUUUCAAAAAUGAGAGAAAAUAAUAGUAAAACUAUUAACCAAUAUUAUAAUCCUCAAACAAUGAUAUCAACUGCAAACGAAAAGCGAAACAUAUCUGGUCAAGAUGAUCAAAACGAUAGAAUUUAUGAAAACCUCUCCAUUCGGACUACUUUAUCAAGAAAUAAUAACCAGCGAGAAGUAGAGUCGAAAGAUUCUUCAAAUAGUACACUUGUGUCAGAGAGUGUAAUAAUAAGUAAACAUAAUCACAACGCAGAUUUGCCUACUCAAGAGACGGACAUGAAAAUAUACGUAGCACGACCGCAAGUACCACCUAAACCUCAUAAUGAAAAUUUUGCAUUUCAUCCGGGUUCCAAUAACACACAGAGAGAAAUAACACAGUACCCUGACGUUUAUUAUCAUUCCGUAGAAAGACUCGUCGAAAGAAUAUCACCAGUAGACGAAAUAGAAAUAUAUAAAGCAGCACAAACAAAUCCAGCUUCAGUAGGAGCUGAAAUAAAAAGAGUAAGCACAACAUUUUUAAUAUCACCUAAAAAAGAAGCCGAAGUGCGUACAUUACAACCAAUAAGAGCUCGCAGUUUAUCACUUGAUAAGCAUAAGCCUUGUGAAAAUCCUUAUACAAAAACGAAUUAUACUGUCAAUAAAUAUGAUAACAAGAAAAAAGCGUACCAUUAUUCUGCUCCAACGUCGCCCAUUGCAGUGAAUCAUAGACUUCCAAAUAUGCCGUUGACUGUAUCUCCCUACGAACAUGUAAGAAAAAUAAUUUUUGAAGGCGAAGAAGGAAGAAAUUCAAUGAGCAGGUCUAGCACUCGGGAACAAUCAACUCCUCCAACGUCGCCUUUUAGAGACGUUGCAAAAUCUCCUACUCCGAGUGCAGUCGACAAAGGAAAAACGCGACAAAAAGUGGAAGCGUUUUAUUGGAAAAAGAUUAAAGAAAUGAAAGAAAAAGAAGAUGAAUACAUAAUGAGACAAACUAUGAAUACUACUACGCCUUUACAGAAGUGUAAUGCACCCAAUUCCAUAUCUAAUUGCAGUUCGCCAAAUUCAUUCGUAUUAGAUCCCCGAAUAAAUUCUUACCCAAUUUAUACUAAAGAAGCAAACUUACGUAAACAGACUGAUUACUAUACAGCAUCUCCUUUUACAAGAGGUGCUCCAGAACGGCGAACAGAUUCAUUUAUAAGCAAUAAGACCUAUUACCCAGAGUCUGACAUAAUCUAUAGACAUCCUCAAAAAUUAUCAUCUCCUGUAAUUUUUGGUCAACAUACGCCUUUGUAUCAGAGAGGUUCUUUGAAUCGGGAAAACAGAGCUGUUGUUAAUCAAUAUCCAAAACGGGUUAGUUUUGAUAAUAAUCAUUUGAAACACGACGACAGUGCGUCCGUUACUUCCAAUAAUUCUAAAUUGCACAAUGAAAGGAGGACUAACUCUAGACUGUCUGACUUUAAACCGAUGCCAAGUGAUGUGAUAAUAAAGAACGGAGUGGGACCACCUCAACCGCCGAUUCGUACAACAAGUGUUAGUAGUGGUAGUGCUUCGUUACACCAUAAGCUGGUCAACAACAGAUUUGGACGUGUAUCUGGUGGCCAUUCUAUUUAUUCAGAAUCGGAAAGUGGAUCUGAGGCUGGAGAAAUUCAACGAAUAUUACUUAACGACGAACGUAAAGAAGAAGACUGGCAAGGAGAUGGAAGAAUUGACGGAGGCUUAUCGGAUGGGGAGGCGACCCGAGUGCCUUUUCGUUCCCGAUCCUCUCGGCGCGACGAUCCACGUCGACACACUUUGGCUGGAAACAAUCUCUACCUGCACCCUCACCAUGCAGCGGACCUCAAUAAUCUCGAUCUAGAACAGUAUCGACCUGCGCAGGCGGCUAAUGUUCCCGUAUACGCGACGGUCAUAAAAGAUUAUGACAUGAGACGAAAUCGGUCUUUAGACCCUCGCUUCAGAAAGCCUCCAUUGCCCCGCGGCUAUUUACCGCAAACGUUCUUCUACGAUGAUGAUCCUGGGGUUAUGUCCGAGGUGGAAACCUCAUCCACUGGAUUCCGAAGAGGAGGAAAGCAACGUUCCUCCCUGCCGGUUGUGCGUACGCCGAGCAAAACGCUUGAAAGACCGUUAGAUACGGUGUUCUUGUCCGCAGGCCUCGUCUUUCUGCAAUACCGAAAUGAGACCAAACGCGCUCUACUGCCCAACGAGAUUACAUCCCUUGAUACUGUAAAAGCGCUCUUUGUCCGUAGCUUUCCCAAGCAACUUACUAUGGACUACUUGGAUAGUCCACUAGUUAAGGUUUACAUUCAUGACAGUUCAAAGGAUAUGUUCUAUGAACUCGAGGACGUGCGGGCUCAUCUACGUGACAUACGUGACCGAUCAGUGCUCCGUCUUUUUGAGUCCAAGGAUCUAAACGGUGGAGUAUUCCCUGGGGCCCUUGGUGUGGGAUCGGUAAGGCUGCCGGCUCUUGCCGCAACCAGUUCUUCCGCUGCCAACUUAGAGGAGCAAAGUACUUACUUUAGUGAGCCAGAGAUUGAUUCAGAUCAUCUAUCGCAACAUGUUCACAAGAGCAAGAGCAAACCACCUGCUUACUACAUGGGUCCUCCAGCACCUAGCACGCUGCCGAGGGGCGGCAGCGUCCUUCGGGCGUUUUCUCCCGCCGCGCCGCCCGUGCCGGCCGAUCGCGUGAAAACCAUUCCACCGCCAGGUGCUCCCCCGGUCAAGCCAGUGCGGUCAUACGUGCCGGGGACAGGCUCUGAGAGGUGUUUCCCAUUCUCCGCCGGCGAUUGUCCCCGGGGUACCGAUCAACUUUACACCAUCCCCGCCCACUCCAGCGAGGGCUACAUGUCGUCUCCCGAGCGAGGCUCCGCUAGAGUGCCCUACGAAGACCCGUACUAUACGCAGUUCCUGGGCCCAGCUGCGGCCAGGCCUGCCAUUAAUCCGGUCAUCGACGAAGAAACUAGUGAUGCUGUGAUCAUAGACGACGCUUACCAAAUGUAUGGAGUGAACGCCAUUACAACUGCGCCGCGACCAAUGCCUCGACCCCCAUACGAUGCUAGGCUGGGUCCUCCUGUGGAUGAUAUGCAGCGUCUUCGCGUCGAGAAAAUGGAGCGGCAGCUCGCUAACCUCACUGGACUUGUCCAGAAAGCUCUUCAGGUACCCGGCGGGCCGGCUCCACCAACCGUUGCUCCUCGGCAGGACUUCCAACAACCGUCUACGAGCCGAGUGACAACCCAAGAUGCCGCACGUUUUGCCAGCAGCGAGAGACCUCCCAAAUUGGGGAGGGACAGAUUUCAGAAGUCAGUCUCUUUUGAGAAAUCGGUAUCGUUUAGCGAUGACCCACCAGACAUGAACUCUCCCAAACAACACUCGCCUCAACACUCAGCUGAUACAAAACCAACAAAACCGGCAAUCAAGUCAUCCACUUUGCCGAGGACGUCAUCACAAGAGAGAGACCGCUUGAAGCCAGCCCCGCCGCCGAAGCCAGCCGGGCUCGUGGGCCAGCCGCUCGCGCUCGUCCCACAAAAAACCUAUACUGUUACAGUAACGCCUGAUUUCUUCAAUCAACUGCAUCUCCUACAGAAGCAAAGUCACGAUCUCAGGAUUGAGACUCGUAAUCUUCGCCGUACUACCUUAUCCCAUGCAAUGCAGAUGAGGCAAAUGAUGGCGGAUACUAUUGUGAAGAUCGGCACUCUGGCCGCUAGAUUCUGUGAGGAAGAUCCAGAGUCGCAACUCACUCGCGAGGAAGAAAUUUAUCGUCAGGACAUGCUGUUACUGGAGAAUGACUUGUAUGAACUGGAGGCAACUGUGGAGCGCCUUCGCGGCCAAGCUGCUAAUAGAUUGGAAACUCGCGUCAACAUGGCAGACAUCGAACGCAUUGCAAUGGUCUUGUCCAAGAGUAGCAAGACUGUUGCCGAUUGGAAGCUGAAAUUCCCCGUGCUCCAGGAAACCAUGAAAGUCAAACUUGCUGCUGAAAUGGAAAAGGUUGUCCGCAAAGAGAAAAUGCUGGAAGAGGAGCCCGAACGCCUCGAGCUCGCUUUGCGUCGUUGCAAAAAGUUAACCGGGACGCUAGUAACGCUGAAGAGAUUGGCUUGCGUGCAAGAACAACGCUUGCCACUGAACGACGGCCGCGUCUCGCCCUCGUCCUCUCAGAGCUCCACGGCCACAGCUGGUCCCUCUUCCGAGGAGUACCACUCGGAAAAUGCUUGUCAUGUCAAUCAAUCCAAUAAGGCAGCCGGCGCCGGGCGAGUGUGUACGUCCCGGGGAACGACGGACGUGCGGCCAGAGAACGCCCUCGAUGCGCUACUAGACGAAUUGCAAACGUUCGCCAAGCCCGCGGAGCGCAGCGCGCGCGGCGAGGGGCCUCUGCGGCGGCUCCACUCGUACCCCAGCGGCAGCGACACGGACGCGUCGCCGCCGGUGCGCGCGCGCGGCCAGCAUCCACCCAAGCCGCCCGUGCCGGAGCGCCACCCCGAGCUGCUAGCCAUCGCCGCGCGCCGCGCGCCGCCGCCGCCGCCGCCCCGCACCACGUCCCGCUCGCCGCUCGCCUCCCCCACCUCGCCCUCCUCUCCUCCCUGCAAUGAACCCGCCGAUCCCAACGAUGCUAAAGCUGCGUCCCGCCAAGCUCUCCUCGAACAGCGUCACCAAGAAUUACUCAAAAAACAAAAAGCUCUCCAAGAACAAUACGCUCGCUUGCAAAUGAUACAACGGAGCGGACCCACACUUCCGAUGAACGCUCAACCGGACUUAAAAAAAACGGGUAGCGAAUCUAAUCUCUUGACGAAAAUGAAUUUAAAUCUAGCUCCAGCUAGCAUAUCCGGUAGCAUGACGCACCUAGCGGGAGACACUGAAAGAAAGAGAGGCGAUAUUUCAUCUGAAAUGCCAACUGCUCAGAUUAAAACUUGUGACGCAGUAGCAACAACUAACAAAGUUUAUGAGACUGACAUACUGUGACCGUGUAAUUGUUCCAUUAUAUCAGUUUAACCUAAAUUGUAGGUAAUUAGUGUAAUAUGUACCUAUUUAUUACAUCACACAGCACUUCCUUCGUAUGUAAGACAUUUUACAAUCGAGAUUUGGUCCCACACAUCGUUGCUAGUGAUGACGCUUUUCCUCUCCCCGCUUCAACUCCACACAGCAAAUAAGCAAAAAACGACAUGGCAAGAUAACUGGAAUAUGAUGUAAUACACUAAUUUAAAAUAAAGCAUAGUAAAAAAUCCAUAAAAAUAACGUAAAUCAUAACGUGGCUGUUAAUCGGUGUUUAAUCAAUAGAAUAAGAUCAAUUAGAGAUAAAAGGUAUUUCAAGUGUACAUUACAUAAUAUUUUCUUUUUUUCCUUUUUCUUGCUCAUACCUUUAAUUAUUGCAAAAGAAAUUUAUCAUACGAGCAAUCGUGUGUAAGUUUCGUCUUGUAGUCAUAUCGGGAGUAAUAUUAUCUAAUCAAUACGACCUGCACAUUUUUUGUAACAUUAGAAAACUUUAGGCCUAAAAAAAACGUUAUUUGAAAUAAAUCGAUUUCCAUUUCAAUUCCAUCUCUGAAUUUUGAUGCGCCAUUAGAUACAAGUCAUGAAUAGUGUUUUAUUCGUAGAACACAGCAUGAUACUAAUAGUGGUGUUGUAGAAAAAAAUAAUAAAUGAAUUGAUUAUUCACUAACUUACAAAUAACCUAUAUACCAAUUGCCUGACUAUUGUUAUCAUAAAAUUUGAGAUGUUGUGUACUUCCUUUACCUAUUUGUAUUCUUUACAAUAAUUUACACUGUAUAUAUAUAGUAUUUUAGGUAUAGAUUUAACCCUAGCCGUAAUAUUUCUACCCUAACUUAUGUUCGUAGUCCUUCAUACUUAUAAUAAUAUAAAUGUGCCAAAUUGCAUUUUAUUUGAGACUAUUUUUUUGUAAUUAUUUGCAUAUAAUUCUCUGCAGCCGCUGUAAUAAAUUUAUUGUUUAGUAUAUUUUAUGACUCAUAUUGGUGAUCGUUGCAAUGUUUACAUACGUAUAUUAGGCGUUCUUGUAUAGGAAUAUUUUAUGUCCAACGAUAAGUUAAAUUUUUACUAUGUUUAAAUCUUAAAUAUUUAUGAAAUUUAUGUACUUUGAGACGUAUAUAAUUUGGAUAAAAUUGGGCAAAAAAUGAAUCUGGUUGGCGAUAUUAUACAAAUCACAAUAAAUAGAAAUUCCAACAUUGUAAUAAAAUAACCAAAAAAAAACUUAUAAUAUAUACAUAUUACCAACGUAAAGUAAUUUAUAAUUUUCUUAUAAAAUCCCUAUUGUUCGAUCGAAGAUAUUACGAAUUGGAUUCUGCGUGUUUCUAUCACAACGAAAAUUAAUUUCCAAAUUUUUAUGAACUAUUUAGUAUUUUUGACGGUUCAAUUGUUUACCUAUUUACUUUGUAAUAUAAAAAGCCAUACCUAUAUAAUAUAUAAACGUAAGUUUUAUAUUAAUCUAAUGAACAGUUUACUUAUUAUGUAAAACUUUUUAAGAGCGCUUAGUCUAUUUCGUUUUUGGUAUUUUAUAUACAAGUUGCUCGUCCCGGCUCCGUGAGAGGUGUAUUUAUCAAAUCAGCAACCGUUUUUGACAUCAAAAUAUUGUAUCUUACACGACUUUCUUUUAUAUAUAUGUCGAUAUUUGUUUAUUUAACAUUGGUAUUUUGUCAAGUGCCCGUUUAUGUUAUGAAUUAAUUAUCUGUGAUAAAUGAAAAGUUACCUACAAAAUGCGUAAUAAUUAAACAUUCUGAUUAGAUUUUUUUAAAGUGUAAUUUUCUCUCCUAGUAACUAUAUGAUCAAUACAUAAGAAAAGUAACGGACAUCGAUUUUCAACUAAGCAUUCAUACUCGCUCUUGAAAUCCGUCAAUGAUAAUAAAUAGCAUAGUCGAAAAGGUCAUUAAACUUAAUUCUCAACAUGCCAGCAACCUGAUAAAUGAUAAUGUUGUAUAAAGCUAUGCGUUAAUAUAUUCUUAUUUUUAGACAUCAAAUAUUUCAGCAUUAGCAUUGUAUAGCGUCAGGUAACACUAAUCAUAGGUAUAUACUUAUUUAAUGGUGAGAAUUGGCGCUUCUUGAUGUUUGUUGGCGAACUACGUUAGCGCUCUCGACGCGUGUUGCCACUUCGGUAUUAUAUUUAUCGAGCACAAAACUUAUGAAGCACUUAGAAUUAAUUUAUGAAAUAAAAACAAUGAAACUAAAUGAAUAUAUCUUAUAUUGUUUUAGGCACGUCGUGUAAUAAAAUGUGUUCAAUGUUUUAAAUAUCUAGUUUAUCGCGUAGCUUUGGAAGCAACUCUCGGUGCUUUUAUAUAAAUAUUUUCAUGUUCACGUCUUUUUUGUCUAUACGAUCGUUUCUGGUUUAUCAUGUAUUGUUUCACCGUUCACGUUGUGUUUAUGGUUUUGUACACUCAAUUGUAAGAUAGAAUUUACAAGCAAACAUAUUCAUUAAUUAUUCUCAUAACUUACUACUUUAUCUACGGAAGUGCCUUCCUUUUGUUGCUCAGGCUCGCACCUACUGCACUAGUGGUGACUUUUUAAUAUUUUUUUAUGUUUUAUCGUUACAUUAUACUUAUGAUAUUAGCGCAAAUGAUAAAGAUAUCAUUUUUUUGUCAUGUUCAUUAUCGAUUGUAGUAAUUAUAUAACCAGGGUAAUUAUUGCUUCUGUUAAGCGCCUUGAUGAAGUUGUCUUAUUUGUGUAAUAAUUAAUAUACACCUGAUGUCACAAAUAUGCUAAAAUGCAUUCUUAUUUUGAGUGAGUCAUAUGUGUAAAAAAUAAUCCUAAUUAAUUAAUAUAAUUGACUACCUAUAGGUAACAUACAUUAUAUAUUUAAAUUAAUCAUUUUUGUGCAUUUUUUUUUAAUACCAUCGAUGGUCGUGUUAUGUUAUAUUCUAGAUUUGUUAAGAAAUUUGGUAAAUUCCAAUUAUUGUUUAGAUUAUUCUAGAAUAAGUUACACUGGUUAUGUGGAAAUUUAUAGGCGCUUACACAAUAUUAUGUAUUUAAUUAUUUUUUUUUAAUGAUUGAUUAUUUCAUUAAAUAUGAGAAUUAUACAUGUGGUUUUGUUAGGUUGUCAAUUUGUAUGAAUAUUAAAACGAGGUUGUCCGAGAGCUUAGUUCUGAUUAAUGUUUAAACUAAAUUCACUAUGUAUAGAGCAAAAGUAAACUAAAGAGUUUUGAUUCGAUGUUUUUAAAGAAAUCCUUUCUAUCAGUAUAAAAAUAACGUUUGUAUCGUGCCAAAUUACACGCAAAAUAAGUAUUUUCUGUACCAAGUUUUCUUUAGCUACAAGCUUAUUACAUGCAAAAUCUAAAUUGUAUCUCAUUGAUUGUUAUCAAUUAAUAUGUUAUUAUUAUGUGUCUUAUUUGUUUUGUAACAUUUCAUGUUUAUAAAUAGGUUUACUAAUAGCUUGAAAUGUUUUAAAAUGGA